AUAACUAAGUGCAAACAGAGAUAACAAUGAAAACUACAUUGCUUUCAUUCCUUCUAUGCUAUUACUUCAUAUAUCACACUCUUGCUUAUGCCAUAUGUCUCCAAGAUCAACAAUCAUUGUUGCUCCAAUUAAAAAACAAUCUCACAUUUGAUCCUCAAUAUUCCACCAAACUAAAAUUGUGGAAUGAAAACAUUACUUGCUGUGAUUGGAGUGGUGUGAGAUGUGACAACGUGGGACAUGUUAUUGGCCUUGAUCUAAGAGGAGAAGAAAUCUGUGGUUCAUUUGAUAAUGCAACUAGUCUCCUUGGUUUAUUUCUCAACUCAUUGUCAAACCUCACACACCUUACCUCCCUAGACCUUUCUUAUAAUAAUUUAAGUGGUCAAAUUCAUGGUUUAUUUCUCAACUCAAUGUCAAACCUCACACACCUUACUUACCUAGACUUUUCUCAUAAUAAUUUAAGUGGUGAAAUUCUUUCAUCCCUUAAAACACUCCCAUCGCUAAAGUUGAUAGAUCUUUCCUUUAAUAGGUUGAGUGGGUCACUGCAGUUAAAUGAGGUUUCGAAGCUUAGAAAUUUAACUACACUAGACCUUUCUUACAACCACAUAUCAAUCGAUAUGAAUGUUGCAAAUGUGUCUUUAAUUCCCAACUUUACAUAUCUAGGUUUGGCAUCCUGCAACUUGAAAUCAUUCCCUAGUUUUUUGAUAAAUCAAUCAAAAUUGUUCUAUUUAGACCUUUCAAAUAACCAAAUCCAAGGAAAAAUACCAAACUGGAUAUGGAAAUUACAAAAUCUUGAAAAACUUAAUAUUUCUCACAAUUUUCUCACCAAUUUGGAAGCUUUUCAAAGUCUUACUUCCAAUUUGCUAGUUCUUGACCUGCAUCACAACAAACUGCAGGGGUCAAUACAUGUUUUUCCUGAAUAUGCCUAUUUUUUAGACUACUCAAACAAUAAUUUUUCAACUGUCCCACAAUAUAAUGGUGGUGACCUACCAAUCUUGGAAUUCCUAUCUUUUUCUAAGAAUAAUCUACAUGGAAGCAUCCCUGAUUACUUAUGCAAUGCUUCACAACUUCAAAUCCUAGAUAUUUCCUUCAACAACUUUUCUGGAACAAUUCCUCCAUGUUUAUUGACAAUGACAAGUUACCUUGAAGUGUUAGAUUUGAGAAAUAAUAGUCUCACUGGCCCCAUACCAGAUACAUUUCCAAAGUUUUGUCAUGUGAGUAGAUUGAACUUCCAUGGAAAUCAAUUACAAGGGCCAAUCCCUUGGUCUCUGUCCCACUGCUCAUCAUUAGAGGUAUUGGACAUUGGAUCAAAUCAAAUUUUUGAUCAUUUUCCAUGUUUCUUAAAUGAAAUACCAACACUUAGUGUCUUGGUUUUGAGGAAUAACAAAUUUCAUGGUUCUAUAGAAUGCUCACAAAAUAAACCUUGGAAAUCGAUUCAAAUUGUGGACAUUGCUUUCAACAAUUUCAAUGGAAAACUACCUACACAGUAUUUUACAACCUGGGAAAGAAUGCUAUCUGAUGAAGAUGUUGCACGUGACAUCAACUACAACAUGUCACAAGACUACCCAUAUUAUCAUGAUAGUAUUACAGUUACAUGUAAAGGCCAACGACAAGAUUUGGUUAAAAUUUUAACAAUUUUCAAAGCCAUUGAUUUCUCAUUCAAUUCUUUUGAAGGGCCAAUACCUCUAUCGUUGAUGGGCUUCAAAGCACUAUAUGUUUUGAAUUUUUCAAACAAUGGUCUUACAGGUGAGAUCCCAUCUUCGAUAGGGAAUAUGAAACAGUUAGAGUCAUUGGACUUCUCAAAUAACUCUUUGGUUGGUGAAAUUCCUGUGCAGCUAGCAAGUUUGUCCUUCCUUUCUGAUUUGAACAUUUCCUUGAAUCAUUUGGUGGGAAAGAUCCCAACAGGUACUCAACUUCAAUCAUUUCCAGCUUCUUCCUUUGAAGGAAAUGAUGGACUAUAUGGCCCUCCAUUGAUUGAAAAGCAAGAUGGUGAGAGGAAGGACCUGCAUCCACAACCAACAUGUGAAAGCAUAGUUUGUUCAAUAGAAUGGAACUUUUUAAGUAUAGAAUUGGGAUUUGUUUUUGGACUUGGAAUGAUUAUCGGCCCGAUCAUGUUUUGGAAGAAAUGGAGGGUGGCUUAUUGGAAACUUGCUGACAGAAUUCUCUGCAAAAUAUUUCCUUGGAUGCAUCUUGAAUAUGAAACUCACAGAGGAAAAACUUACACAGUUUUAAGGUGGUAGUAACAUAUUUGUUGUUCAAUAGUAUUUUAUAUUAGUAUUAAUGUGUGUGCUAAUUAGUAUAAUAGUAUUUUAUAUUAGUAUUAAUGUGUGUGCUAAUUAGUAUAAUAGUAUUUUAUGUGUGUGCUAAUUAGUUUUAAUGUGUGUGGCUGUGUGCUAAUAGUAUUUUAUAUUUCCAUAUUUAUUGUUCAAUGGAAGUGAAGCUGUUACAAUUUUAAAGAACUUAAGCUGUUGUGGACCUUUGCAAUUUAUCUUGAAAUCAAUUUGGUUUCCAAGCAGAGUGAAUAAGGGGAUUCGUCCUGUAAAUUAUUAUCAUAGCAAAAUAUGUAAUGGUAAUAGGGGUCCCAACCAUUCAACAUUGUGAGUUAACUCCACCAUACAAAAAAACCUCUGCCACAAAAAUUUAGAAAACUAAAAUUUGUAGAAAUUGACAAAUAUUGUUUCCUUACUCAAAAUCAAACAUAAAAUCACAAAUAAUCAAAUAAAGUAAACAUAGUCUAGAACUCUUAAUUUUACAUAAAUUCAAUAAGUUUAAUGAGAGUUUUUUUUUAAUCUAGUAGCAGCUUGACCUCAUGCCCUGCACAACUAAUAACUAAUAACUGGGAACAUCAUGUUUAAAUUUUUUCCAAGUAGACUAGUGAUUUUAAU